GCCAGAACACAUGCUCCUCCACCAUCGUCAAGGCUGUCUUUCUCUCUCUCUCUAUAAAUAGUAUAAUCUCAGUACCCUCCCAUUACUCGCUCUCCUCUCCAACAUUCAUAAAAAGCCUCACUGUAGCAGUCUGCCAUUCUUACUUGCAUGUUCGUUGAUCUGGGCAGUUAAAAAACCCACCAAAGAUGAUAACUUUAUUAGAUUUUUACCAUGUCAUGACAGCAAUGGUUCCACUCUAUGUGGCCAUGGUACUAGCCUAUGGCUCAGUAAAGUGGUGGAAGAUUUUUACCCCAGACCAGUGCUCGGGGAUCAACCGCUUUGUGGCUCUGUUCGCAGUCCCUUUACUCUCAUUCCACUUCAUCGCAAUGAAUGAUCCUUACACCAUGAACUUGAGGUUUCUUGCAGCUGACACCCUGCAAAAGCUCAUUGUUCUCCUGGGUCUUGCUCUCUGGGCUACUUUCAGCAAAGGGGGGAGCUUAGAGUGGGCCAUCACUCUGUUUUCUUUAUCAACUUUGCCAAACACGCUGGUGAUGGGGAUUCCCUUGCUGAAGGGAAUGUACGGGGAGUUCUCGGGCUCACUGAUGGUUCAAAUUGUUGUUCUUCAGUGCAUCAUCUGGUACACUUUGAUGCUUUUCUUGUUCGAGUUCAGGGGAGCAAGAAUGCUCAUCUCUGAGCAGUUCCCUGACACCGCCGGCUCGAUUGUCUCAAUCCACGUGGACUCUGAUAUCAUGUCGUUGGACGGAAGGCAGGGCCUGGAGACGGAGGCGGAGCUGAAGGAGGACGGGAAGCUCCACGUGACAGUCAGAAGAUCAAACGCGUCAAGGUCUGAUAUUUUCUCAAGAAUGUCUCACGGCGGCAUUUCGUCGAACACCCCCAGGGCAUCAAACCUCACAAACGCCGAAAUCUACUCUCUGCAGUCCUCGAGAAACCCCACCCCCAGGGGCUCCAGCUUCAACCACACCGACUUCUACUCCUUGGUCGGAGCCGCCGCUGCUGCUCGGAAUUCCAACUUUGGUGCUAAUGACGUGUUUGGCCCGACCCCAAGGCCUUCCAACUAUGACGAAGAGAGUGGGAAAUCAAGAUUCCAUACCCAUACCCAUAACAAAGCUCCAAACCCAGGAAUCUUUUCUCCCACAAACAAAGCGGGUAAUGCAAUUAACAAGAAACCCAACUCUAAUGGACAUCAAGAGGGCGGGAAAGAGCUUCAUAUGUUUGUUUGGAGCUCAAGUGGUUCCCCUGUUUCAGAAGUCUUUGGAGGCCAUAGCUUUGGCGCAGUAGACCAAGCUACUGCUGCUAAGGAAGUGAGAGUCCCAAUUUCUCCCACCAAAGUUGGAGUUGAGGGUCAGAAGAACAAUCAAGAUGGUAACAAUUACAUGGGGGAGAAGAAGAGAGAUGCAGAAAUGAACAUCCAUGGAGGCGGCAAAUUAGGUGGAGAAGACGAGAGGAAAGUGAAGGCGGCGAUGCCUCCGACAAGUGUGAUGACAAGGCUUAUCCUUAUCAUGGUUUGGAGGAAACUUAUCAGAAAUCCCAACACUUACUCCAGCUUAAUUGGCCUUACCUGGUCCCUCAUUUCAUUCAAAUGGAAUGUGGUGAUGCCAGCUAUAAUUGCCAAGUCCAUCUCCAUUCUGUCAGAUGCUGGGCUUGGCAUGGCUAUGUUCAGUCUAGGGCUGUUCAUGGCAUUACAACCGAGGAUCAUAGCAUGUGGGAAUUGUGUUGCAGGGUUGGCGAUGGGGGUGAGGUUCGUGGCAGGCCCAGCUGUGAUGGCCGCGGCCUCCUUUGCUGUCGGCCUCCGAGGGGUCCUUUUACACGUUGCCAUUGUGCAGGCAGCUCUUCCUCAAGGAAUUGUCCCCUUUGUCUUCGCCAAGGAAUAUGGCGUGCACCCUGACAUUCUCAGCACAGCGGUUAUAUUCGGGAUGCUAAUAGCUUUACCAAUAACGCUGGUGUACUAUAUUUUGUUGGGCCUGUGAACAUGGACUAUUUAACUCGAUAUAUCAUCUAAUACUACUCCUACUAGACGGUGAAGAUUAUUCAAGUAAAGAAGAAAGAAGAAUUAAAGAGGCCGGGCCGGGCUUCUCGAGUUCAUCAACACUGCUCCUCGAUCCCAAGUUUAGUUAGCAUUAUUAGUUGUAAAAUGAUCAAUCGGUAUAUGUUUCUACUCAAUUGUUCUCAAUUGUUUGGUUGGGGAGGCAGUGGAGAAGAAAAUGAAAUUGUUAUAUCCUAAGCUUCUUGUGAUCUCAUCUUCUAUUAUACGGAGUAGUAUUAAUGUGAUUCACUUGUUAUUAGUAUGUACACUAGGCCAUCACCUUAUUAGAAAUAAAAUCAAGUGACGUAGUGUGAUGAAUCCC